AAUAAUAAUGGUGCUACUUGAGGGAUUUUUAGCUUUUUAAUUUGGGUUCUUGUUGACGUAUAUUUAGUUGUCACAAGUGAGGAUUCCUCUGAAAACCAAAAUUCAACUAAAGAAUGCCAUAUUAAGAAGUGAAUCCUUAACGUUAUGUUUCAUCAUAAAGAAUUCAACUUUCUGUAAAAAAAAAGGAGUUCCAAUCAUAACCUUGCCUUAUGUAUGCGCACGCCAAUUUAACAUUCGGUCAAUUAUGAAAAAUCUGAACGAUAGAAGGAUUUUUCUUUUCCAAGAUAUAUAUAUAAUAAAUUACAUACGGAAAGUAAAAGUAUUCUAAAAGAAAAUGAGAUGUGUCAGUCAUGCAAAAAAUGAAUGGUUGUGAUGUAGAGUGGAAACACAAGAACUCCCCCGAUUUGAUCCAAAAAAAAAGAACUCCCCCGCUUUAACCGGGGAAAAGGCUGUUCUUGUAUAAAAAAUGAAAAGUGAAAUGUUUAUUUAUUUGUCUUGAUAAAAAAUAUAAAAAUAGAGCAUAAAUAUUAAUAAUAUGACAAUGACACUGGUUGGUGCAAUUGCAAUGUGCUAAUGUUAUGGGUUUUCGUACGCCGAAGGCAGACGUUUGCAGACCCUUAUCAUUUCCACAUUCGUCUUUACAUUACAGAAGAUAAAAUAUUGUGUAAUAUAUGAGAGAUUCCUUAUAUAGAAGGUCUAAAUAUGAAAGCACUAUAAACCCUAAUUUCAAUCAACAAGACCUCUUUUGAUUUAAAAUGUUAAUCAACAAGAAACGAUAUUUUGAUUUAACUAAACAUGUGUAUAUUAGACCAAAAAAUGAAUAAAGUAUUAAAAUACUUCUGAAUGAGCAUGCAUGUUGCUACUGUUAAUGUGUAUAUAUAUAGUAAACAUGUGCAUGCAAAUGCACAAUGAAUGGGUGCAAAGUAAAAGGUUUAGGGUGGAGGAAUGGUAGAACAGCAGCACUGCAGCAGUUGCAUUUAUACUGACAAAUACCUCAAACUCGUCCAUCUGAUUUUUCAAUACUAUUUUCCUCUUCUUUUACCACUCUUCCUCAUUUUCUACCUACAUACAGGUUUUAUUAUUUUUGGCCACACGCUCUUGUCAGUUGUAGAUAUCUUGAUCGACAGGUGUUUCCAUUUGUUUUCAGAUGGAUUCUACAAGUCUUUUCUCACAUCAAUAAGUUAGCCCCAACACAUUAAUUUUCCUUUUUUGAAAAAAACACUGCUUAAAACUAAUUCUUUUGUUUGGCUUUGACAAGUAAUAAUGGUUUUACACAAAAGUCUGAUCAUGAUAUAGCCAAACCCUCAUCCGUCUUUCAUUUUUACGUUUUACCAUUAUUAAUACGUGGAUGCAGUGAAAUCUUAUCUAAACAAAAAUAACACACAUGCAAUGCUAUUAGCAAAAACACAAAACACACACAUGCAAUGAAGUUAGUUUUAUCGUGGAUGAUAAAUAUGUUUGCAACCGAACCAAUUAUAUUUCUUUUAUUUUUAGUAUUGUCCCUUCAUCAAAACAUAAAGUAAAUGAAUAACGUUUUGAGUUGAAAUCAGAAAAAGUUAAACCGUAUAUCGAAAGUGUAAUUAAGAACCUUUAAAUUCGUAUAAUUUCACUAAUUGAGUGGAUAUGUUGAAAUAAUUGAGUACCAAAGGCCUCGGGGUUAUUACAGAUAUGAACAAAUUAUAAGAGAAAUAAUAGUAUGGUUUUGCAGGUACGAGGCAAUUCUCGAACGUGUGUUGGUGGUGUGUUAGAUAUCGCAAGCAUAAUAAUGGAGGAAAGUGAAAUAAAUUAUAAAAUAGACAAAGAGGAUCCAUUGAAUCGUAUCUUACCAAAUAAAGUCCAAAACUUUUAAAUUUGUCUAAACAUUCGAAAGAUUAUAAACACAUGCACAUGCUCACUAUCUUUUCAUUGAUCCAUGUGUAUACCCUAUUUUUGCCUCCCUAAUUACCCUAAUUUCCCUAAAUCAUUUUUAAAUUCGAUAUUAAUCGGAUAAGCUGCAACUACUUUACAACUAUCGCUUUAGGAUGUACAUCUCUAGCAUCCCCUACUAGUCAUUCACCUCUAUGUAAUUAUGCUAGUUUUAAGUAUUACAUUUAUUUACUUUUUGCGUUUACAAUGUUAUUAUAGUUGGACUGUUGGAGGACGGAAUUAUAUGUGUUUUGAAACUUUUGGGACGUUUUAAUUGGCUGAACAACAGCCACUGGAAACUUAUUCGUUUCUGUUAUAUGUGUAAGUAUUUUUUUUUUUUGCUAAGAAUUUGAAUUGCAUUACUUGAAUGGGCAGUUUGCAUAUUACAAAGAGUUUAAGACAGGUCAGGAACAAGCUCCAUGACAAAAAAGAUAAAACAUAGAGAUAACCUGAGAAAAUAGUGCUAAUUGAUCCCCUUGCUGUUAGGCAAAAGUUAACCAUUUAGCAAGUAGGUUUUUGAACUUCUUACGGUUCCUACGAGCGAGAAUGGCGUCUCUGAUUCUGCGAUCAAGUAGUUUAAAGAGGACUUCUGAAGAGGAGGAGAUGUUGUUAUGUAGCCUAUUGUUCCUCUCAUGCCACAAAGAGUAGAUAACUGCUUGAGCAACUAAUCUUCUUAGAGUUGUUGGACAGAUUGAAUCCUUUGAUCCCAACCAAUCAGAAAAAGCAUCCCAAAAUUGAAAGGAGAGAGUUAUGUACCCUAGCCUUCUGAUGAUCAUGGCCCAUAGAUGCUGGCUAACUUCACACCUGAGGAAGAGGUGAUCCCUAUCUUCUUCAAACCGAUCACAAAGGUAGCAACUUCUUCAAACCGAUCAAAUAUAUGUAGUGUAAGUUUGUUCUUAUAUACUACAUAUAUUUCAAAUAUCUAUAAAAAGUAACAUCAACAAAAAAAUGUGUAUUGCAUUUUUAAAACUGAUUAGUAGCUGAGAUAUGACAUCUUGUAUGAUCAAGAUCACCUGUGAAGCUAAUUACAUACUACUAGUGUUGUCUAUCUUUAGAGGAACGUAUGUUUCGUUUAAGCAGGGAUCUAUGUAAUUCAAAUAUCAGCUCGCUCGGCCAUAGGUUCACAUAUACACAUGUCUCCACCAGACACAGCAUCAUUGGUCUUAGUUCGACAGCUAGCGAGUUUUGGAUUUUACUAUUGGUCCUCGUGUUACUCUUUUUAUAUUUUUGUCACAAACGACACGAAUCUCAUUAAAACGGAGAUUUGAUUUGAAAGGGUUUUUUUUUCAUUUUUGACUGAUUAAUUAAAAUGUCAUUAACCAAACUUGAUAGGAGUAGUAUUUAAUAGAUUAGGCAGUUAAUUAUUUACUAGUUACUACCCCUACCCUUCAAACCGACCAAUACAUCUCCACAUUUUCAAGUAAAUGUUUUUUUUUUAAUUUUCUGAAUUUGAUUUCAAAAUUCGUUUAUAUAAUUGCGCAUAAUACGUCGCCUCGGAAGAAAUGAAACAUUAUGUUUUUGACUUUUCUUCUUCUUCUUCUCUCUUCAUUAAGACCAAAACCUUUUUCUCUUCGUCUUCGUGCAUGAACCCUAACUAAGUUCUUCUUCUCUAAUCUCUCACAAGAAACCUUUUAGAUCACCUUACGAACUCGAUGAAUAAUAAUUGGCUAGGUUUUUCUCUCUCUCCUUCUGACCAAAAUAUCCAUCGUACGGGGGUCGUCGACUCUUCCACCGCCACAACAGCCGUAGAUGUCACGGGGGAGUAUUGUUACGAUAUGACUGCUGCCUCUGAUGAGUCUUCAGCUGUUCAAACAUCGUUUCCUUCUCCCUUUGGUGUCGUCCUCGAUGCCUUCACCAGAGACAACAAUAGUCACUCCCGAGAUUGGGACAUCAAUGGUGGUGCAUGCAAUAACAUCCACAGUAAUGACCAAAAUGAACCAAAGCUUGAGAAUUUCUUCGGCCGCACCACCACGAUUUACAACAACAGCGAAAAUGGUGGAGAUGGAAAUGGUGGUUGUGGAGGAGGAGACGGUGCUGGUGGCUCAUUAGGCCUUUCGAUGAUUAAGACAUGGCUGACGAAUCAGCCGGUGUCUAAUGUGGAUCAUCAAGAGAAUAAUGGGAAUGCCGCAAGAGGCUUGUCACUCUCUAUGAACUCAUCUACUACUUGUGAUAGCAACAAGUACAACAAUAGGAAUAAUGUUGUUCAAGAGAAGACCAAUGUUGAUAGCGUUGAUGCUACACCUAAGAAAACUAUUGAGAGUUUUGGACAAAGGACGUCUAUAUAUCGCGGUGUUACAAGGCAUCGGUGGACAGGAAGAUAUGAGGCACAUUUGUGGGAUAAUAGUUGCAAAAGAGAAGGCCAAGCUCGCAAAGGAAGACAAGUUUAUUUGGGAGGUUAUGACAAAGAAGAAAAAGCAGCUAGGGCGUAUGAUUUAGCCGCACUCAAGUAUUGGGGAACUACCACUACUACUAAUUUCCCUAUAACUGAAUAUGAGAAAGAGGUAGAAGAUAUGAACCACAUGACGCGGCAAGAGUAUGUUGCCUCUCUGCGCAGGAAAAGUAGUGGUUUCUCUCGUGGAGCAUCGAUUUAUCGAGGAGUAACAAGGCAUCACCAACAUGGAAGAUGGCAAGCUAGGAUCGGAAGAGUCGCCGGUAACAAAGACCUCUACUUGGGAACUUUUGGCACACAAGAAGAGGCUGCAGAGGCAUACGACAUUGCUGCCAUCAAAUUUAGAGGAUUAACCGCAGUGACUAACUUCGAAAUGAGCAGAUACAACGUUAAAGCAAUCCUCGAGAGCCCGAGUCUUCCUAUUGGUAGCUCUGCGAAACGUCUCAAGGAAGUUAACCAUCCGGUUCCUAGUAUGAUGAUCAAUAAUAACAUUUCAGAGGGUGAAAAUGAUGCUAGCGGUUGGCAAAACGCUGCGGUUCAGCAUCAUCAUGGAAUAGAUUUGAGCUUAUUACAGCAACAUCAAGAGAGGUACAAUAAUUAUUACAAUGGAGGGAGUGCUAGGGCUUAUUUUAAAGAAGAGGAAGAUCAGCACCAUUUCUUGAGCAACUCGCCGAGCCUCAUGGCUAAUAUCGAUCAGCAUAGUUCUGCUUCGGGUGAUAUGGUUACUGUUUAUGGAAAUGUCGAUGGUUAUGGUAGUCAUCAAGCACUUGCAACCCCGGUUGGAACAUCUCUUAACUGCGAUGCUUUGGCCGCUGCUGAGAUUGCUUACGACGCAAGAAACCAUUAUUAUUUUGCUCAGCAACAGCAAGGAGGAGGAGGUUUUCCUGUGGGAAUUUCGAAUAAUGUUGGCUCUAAUAUGUACUUUAAUGGGGAAGGUGGUGGAGAAGGUGCGUUUACAGUUUGGAACAACACUUAGGAAAAUAGUUAAAGAUCUUUAAUUAGUGUUUGCUUUGUGUGUUGUGAACAGUUCGAUUCAGUUCUAUUUCUUGGUAAGUUUCGUGUGACAUUUUAUUAGUUUCGAUUUAAUUGGAUAAAUUUUAUAAAGUAUGACCACAUUUUAUUUUAUUUUUAAUCUACCAUUGGAACCAUAUGUUUAUAUUCUUUUAGAGCAUGUAUGUUUAGGGAAGAUAAAAAAAUACAAAGAGACUCUCAAAUUCUGAUUUGUGCACGUUGGUAACUAAUUCCACAUGCUCGAUUCUUCUCCUACUCUACUCUUUUGUUUUGCUUGACCACUGUGGAGUCCUUAGGAAUAAAUUAUCAUUUUUUUUUUUGAAUAGUUAAGGACUCUUGUGAAAAAUGUGUGUACAAUGGUGAAUUCGAAGUUGGAAUCUUUAGGAAUAAAAAAAUAUAAUUUUUUUUUUGUUUAGUGAAAUAUAAUUUUUAUAUAUUGAAUGAUUAAAUAGAAUAACUUAACAUAAAAUACUAAAAGUAAACUUAAAAAAUAAAAAUUAAACAUAUAAAUAUAAUAAUUAAAAAUAAAAACAAUAAUUAAACAUAAAGAUA